AUGCAUCCUACUCGUCCCUACUACUCUUCAAACGUCUAUUCCUCAAAUGUCGUAGAUAUUGGUGACCCUUAUGUGGUGUCCCAGCAGCCUAUGGCCAGCACGUCUAUGGUCACUCUCCAGCGCACCUCCUCAUACGCCAGCGACCAAGGCGCCUACAAGAAGCGAAAGAUCGAGCGGGCCUGCGAUGCUUGUCGCCGUAGAAAGACUAAAUGUGAUGGUCCACGCAUGCCUGACAAUAUCUGUACCAACUGCGUACAAAAUCGCAAGACCUGUUCUUAUAUCGAGGCUUCAAAGCCUAGAGGUCCUCCAAAGGCAUAUAUCACUGGUCUCGAGGACAGGUUGGAAAGAAUGGAGGCGCUUUUAAAGCGGCUCCGUCCUGAGGCUGACUUCUCGGAAGAGCUUGGUUCACCAGUUGUCCGUGAUUCUUGGAAACGUGAUGCAGAACCGCAAUAUCGUCUUUCCCCCGAUGAAAAAUCAACAUCACCAGUCGCUCCUUUGCGACCUCAUGGGUCACCUUCUGUCGGUACCAGUCUGCCUCCUGUUGGCAAAAUUUUGCCUUCAUCUAGCGUUAGUGUCAGGAGUCGGCGUUCCGCAGGCACCCCUCGCACUGAUACGGACUUAUCAUCGGACACAUAUACAUCGUCGGAGAGUGAAGAAAUCGGCGAACUGAGUCUUUCCCGCGGCAUGAAGCGUCUAACCAUUCGUGGGCUUGAGCCUGCCCAGGAACAUGGCUCAUUGGUGGAUAGUCAAGUCCGCUUCCAUGGCAAGAGUAGCUGCUUCAAACUCAUCGAACCAACUCGAAAACUCCGGGAGGAGCACAUGAACCGCAUAAUUCAAGAGUCAUGCUCGACUGAUGUCGAGAGUGGACCAGGCAGCCGCAACUCACCAGAGUCAACGAGUUCUGUCAGCUUUACACCAAUUCGACGGCCAGAAUUCUGGACUACACCUUCUUGGGAAUUUGCUUUCGAAGGUUUCCAAGACAGGCUCGAGACGCUCUGCCAUUCGCUAACAGAGGAAUUCCCCCCACCUGACUUGGCUGACAGUUUGAUCAAUUUAUUCUUUCUCCAUAUCAACCCUCAAUGUCCGCUUUUCCAUCGGCCGACAUUUGAACGCCAAUGGCAGGAGGGUCUUCAAGAAACAGAUCCGUGGUUUGGAUGCUUGUGCUUGUCACUAUUUGCUGUUGCUAGCCGCUGGUGCGAUGAUCCCCGCGUCUUGGAUGGUCAUAAGGGCAUACCCGAGGCAGAGAUACCCAAUGAGGAUUGCAAGUGGCAAAGAGCAGGAUGGAAGUACUUUAACGCGGCAGUCGAUGUUCACCGCGAUUCUCGCAGCUUGUUUCACCCCCCUGGCCUCUUUGAGGUACAGACAAUGUCUUUGCUAGGCAUGUUUCUACGCGGUACCGCCUUUCAUCCAGUGGCUUGGCUCUUCAUCAGUACUGGCCUACGAAAAGCUCAGGAUGUUGGUGCACACCGCAAGAAGAUCUACGGAGCAAAGCCAGGUGUUGAGGAGGAACUGUGGAAAAGAGCAUUUUGGGUGCUUGUGCUAUACGACCGCAUAGGAAGCGCUGCUCUUGGACGUCCAUGUUGUUCUGGAGAAGAAGACUUCGAUGUCGACCUUCCCCUGGAAGUCGAUGAUGAAUACUGGGAAACCGAGGAUCCUGAGAAGGCAUUUCAACAACCACCGGGAAAGCCAUCAAAGAUAGCAGCAUUUAAUUCGUACCUAAAAUUGACCAAAAUCUCGGCAUAUGCACUAAGGACCAUUUAUGCUCUUGACAGGUCCAAGUUAUUGGUCAGUGCCGCGCGUCCGCGGUGGCAAGAGGUUUUGAAUCACCUUAGCACCGCAAUGACCGAAUGGGUGGACUCGGUACCUCCUCACUUACAAUGGUCACCUCAUAUGGAAGAUCCAUUCUUCGCCAACCAAUCAGUCACGCUGUAUACCACCUAUUACCUCAUCCACAUCCUCAUUUACCGCCCUUUCUUGCCCGGUUCACUUCGCUCCCUCUCCAAUGCUCCACCGCACGCAAACAUGCCCGUCCCCUGCAUCGCUGUCUGCGUCAACGCAGCAAAAUCUUGUGCAAAGAUACUUCGGUCGCAGAUUCAAAGGGGUAUAUCUAAUAUUCCCACGCUCAUCUGCGGGUCACACAUGUGCGCUGCAAUUCUUCUCAUGAACUUUUGGGAUUUGAAAUGGCAAGAGCGCAAACAACUCCAAUCUGGUGGAAUGGAGGAUGUGAAGCCGACACUUGCGGUUGCGAUGGCGGAGCUCCUUGAAGAUGUCUCCUUUUUCAUUCAAGUGCUUGAACAUUUGAAACCGCGAUGGAGAAAUGCCGAGAUGUAUCUAAAGGACCUUGGUACUUCAAUGCCACACCGCCUCAACGGCACUGGAAGCGGUAGUCACAAAGACAAUCUGACAUCCCAAAUCUACGGAGGCAAACCAGAACAUCUCGCCCAUCCCCCGGAUUAUCGCCCUAAUCCCCCAUCAGCGUAUCACCCUGCGCUGCCGCCGGUCACUACAUACCCAUACAUUUCACUGGCUCAACCCGUUAACAACAGCCCUCAGUGGUUUGAUUUCCCGCACCUUACCAGACAUCCAGUUCCUGGAGUGCUACCAUUGUGGGCAUCACAUGGACUGGCGCAAGGGGGGGCCACCCCCUGGAGCAAUCAACUCCAGACUCGCCCUUCGUCCUUACAAUCUUCUCCUCACAAAUACGACCAUCCCGCCGUUCAUCAUUCCCUAGAAGCUAGGAAAGCUUCGGUCUCCAGCCUCGACUCUGGAAUAAUGAUACCUUCGACCCUUGUGCACGGAUCUGAUACAAGAAUGUCAUGUAACGAGCGCCCCAUCCCACGCCCGCAGUAUGAACUUGCAAACGGUCCACCGUACAGUCAUUAUACCCAGCAUAGUGGAAAUGGCCAAAUGCGUGCCGACGCCGCGCAUCACCCAUAUGCCACUCAUUCAGAAACAAGGUACGGGUGGCCAGCAGCUGAGUGGGAGCAAACGUAUGGGCCUCGUUCAUCAAUUUCCGGCCCUCCUCCACCUCGUCCCAGCAACGUUUCGCACCCCAAAGGGAGUGAAUACUCGCAGGGACACCUCCUCUCAUAUCCCGGGCAUCAUUAA